AUGGUGUGGCCAUGGCUGUCCUGCCUCCUGCUUCCUGCCCUCGUGGUGUCUGUGACAGCCAACGUGGCCCCGACAUUCCUGAGAAACAUGACGACAGUGACCCUGCCCGAGGACCUACCAGUGGGUGCCGAGGCCUUCUGGUUGGCAGCUCAGGACCUGGACCAGGACGCUCUGACCUAUGGGAUUAGUGGCUCCAACGCCUACUUCUUCACUGUCACUGCAGCCACUGGGGAGGUGAAGUUGGCCAGCCCUCUGGACUACGAGACACAGUACUGGUUUACCAUCAUCAUCUCUGUGAGCGACGGUCACAACAACCCAGUGCAGAAGGACAUGCAGGUGAUUGUGGAGGACAGAAAUGACAACGCCCCCGUCUUCCAGAACACUGGCUUCUCCACCAGCAUCAGCGAGACCCUGCCGGUCGGCUCCGUGGUGUUCUCCGUGCUGGCCGAGGACAAAGACACGGGGUCCGCGGGUGCAGUGGUGUACUCCAUAGAGGAGGUCAUCCCGAGCACCGGGGACAGCAGGCACCUCUUCGAGAUCCUGGCCAACGGCUCCAUCAUUCUCAACGGCAGCCUCAGUUACAACAACAAGAGCGCCUUCUACCAGCUGGAGCUGAAGGCCUGUGACUCGGGCGGCCCGUACAACAACGACUUCGUCAUCCAGUGCUCCUCGCCUGUCUUCCUGUCUAUCUCUGUGGUUGACCAGCCGGACCUGGACCCCCAGUUUGUCAGGGUGUCUUACUUGGCCUCUGUGGCUGAGGACGCACCCCAGGGAGCCUCGGUGCUGAAGGUGGAGGCUGUGGAUAGCGACAAAGGCAUCAACGACCCCGUGACGUACAGCAUCUCCAACUCCACAAGGCCCGGCUGGUUUGACAUUGGGUCAGACGGGGUGAUCAGAGUCAACGGCUCCCUGGACCGUGAACAGCUGCUGGAGGAGGAUGAGGAGGUGCAGGUGCAGGUCACGGCCACCGAGAUGCACCUCAACAUCUAUGGACAGGAGGCCAAGGUGAGCAUAUGGGUCACCCUGAGGGUGACAGACGUCAAUGACCACAAACCUGAGUUUUACAACUGCAGCCUCUCAGCCUGCACCUUCACCCCCCAAGAAGCCCAAAACAACUUCACUGGCUACGUGGAGGAGCACGCUUCCACCCGCAUCCCCAUCGACGACCUCACCAUGGUGGUCUACGACCCAGACAAGGGCAGCAACGGCACCUUCCUGUUGUCCCUGGGGGGCCCUGACGCCGAAGCCUUCAGCGUCUCCCCCUCGCGGGUGGCGGGAUCAGCCGACGUGCAGGUGCUGGUGAGGGCGCCGUCGCUGGUGGACUACGAGACGCAGACGGUGAUGCUGGUGCAGGUUGUGGCUACUGACUCGGUCAGCGGGAAUGCCUCCGUGGCCUCGGUGACCAUCCACCUCAGAGACAUUAAUGACCACACGCCCACAUUCCCCCACAGCGUGUACAACCUCAGUGUCUUUGAGCACAGCACAAAGGGCUUUGUGGUCACCGACAGCAUCCAUGCCUUGGACCCAGACACGGGCGAGGGGGGCCGCAUCACCUACAGCCUGCUUCCAGGGAAUGGGGUAGACGUCUUUGAGGUGGAUCCAGACUCGGGGACGGUGACAGUGAGAGACAGCGAACUGCUGGACCGGGAGAAGCAGGCCGUGUACUACCUCACGCUGCAGGCCACAGACGGCGGGGGCCUGUCCGGCUCCACCACACUGCAGAUCUUCCUGCUGGACAUCAACGACAAUGAGCCCGUGGUCAGCGGCUCCUAUAGCAUCUUCGUCCAGGAGGAGAAGGACAAUGUCUCCGUGACCAUCCAGGCUCAGGACAACGACCAGCCGGAAACCAACAACAGCCUCCUGCACUUCAGCCUGCUGGCCGGCCCCUACAGCCACAACUUCUCAGUGGACCCCGACGAUGGGACCCUCAGAAACCUGGGGCCCCUGGACAGAGAGGCCAUCGACCCCGGCCUGGGGGGCCGCAUUGUGCUGACCGUGCGUGUGGCUGACUGUGGCGUGCCUGUCCUCAGCACUGAGGUCAACGUCACCAUCACGGUGGAGGACAUCAACGACAAUCUGCCCGUCUUCACCCAGCCCACCUACUCGUUCCCGGUGAAGGAGAGGGACCCAGGGGUGCUGGUGGGCGUGGUGGCGGCCUCGGAUGCAGACCAGACAGAAGCUAACAACCGCAUCAGCUUCAGCCUGUCGGGCAACGGCACCAACAACUUCAUGCUCCGGGGCACCGUGCUGGGGUCUGGGUGGGCUGAGGGCCGCCUCUCGCUGCCCGCGGACGUGAGCCUGGACUACGAGACACAGGCCUCUUUCACGCUGACAGUGAAUGCCGAGAACCCAGACCCCCAGGGGGCCGAGGCCGCGGCAGAAAUCCUCGUGACUGUGGAGGACGUGAAUGAUGAGCCACCCACCCUGGACUCGGUCUCACUCCAGGGCAUCCGUGUGGCUGAGAACGGCUCGCAGCAUGGCCUGGUGGCUGAGGUGGUCGCCCGAGAUGUGGACACCAUGGCCCAGCUGGAGGUACAGCUUGUGAACGUCAUCUGUACCAAGGCAGGAGUCGACGUGGGCAGCCUGUGCCACGGCUGGUUCUCUGUGCUGGCCAAUGGCUCUGUGUUCGUCAACCAGAGUGAGGCCAUCGACUAUGAGACCUGUGACCUGGUCACGCUGGUCGUGAGGGCCUAUGACCUUACGACGGACCCCCACUUCCAGGCCUACAGCGACAAUGGCAGCCUCCCCAUCACCAUUGAGGACGUGAAUGACAACGCACCCUACUUUCUGCCUGAGAAUAAGACUUUUGUGAUCAUCCCAGAACUUGUGAUGCCCAACCAGCAGGUGGCUUCUGUCCGGGCCAGAGACAAUGACUCAGGGGACAACGGGGCCAUCCUGUUCUCCAUCCUCCAAGUGGAUUUCAUCGCUAAGGAUGGAGCUACGACCCCUUUCCAGGGCUUCUUCCAGAUCUCCACCUCCUCGGAGGACAACGUGUUCAUUGGCAACAUUGAGCUGGUGACCAGCCUUGAUUCCACUCUUCAAGGCACCUACCACGUGACAGUCCAGGCCCAGGACAGUCCUUCCGUAGGUCCUGCCCAGGAAGCCCAAAUCGCCCUGAAUCUCUUCACUGUGGACCAGAGUUACCGUGUGAGGCUACAGUUCUCCAUGAACAAGGAAGAGGUGGGCGCCAACCUGAAGGAGAUUACGACGGCUCUUGCGCAGGCGACCAGGACCACUGUCUACACUGUGAGCAUCCAGGAUGCAGAAUCCACUCAGGUCCGGGGCCGUUCCUACCUCGAUGCCUACUUUGUCUUCCCCAAUGGGACAGCCCUGACAGUUAACGAGCUGAGUGUGACGAUCCGGAGCGACCAGGACUCACUGACGCGGCUGCUGCAGCUGGGGCUGGUGGUGCUGGGCUCCCAGGAGAGCCAGGAGUCAGACACGCCAACAGUGCUCAGUGGCGUCAUCAUAGGACUGGUAGUGGUUUUGCUGCUGGUCAUCGUGAUCAUGAGCGCGGCCCUCGUGUGUGCCCGGAAGAGCUACCACCGGAAGCUUUCGGCUAUGAAGGCUGCCCAGGAGGCCCGGAGGACAGUGGCAGGGGUGAUGCCCUCAGUCUCCGCCAUCCCCGGAACUAACAUGUACACCACUGAGUGGGCCAAUCCCAUGCUGAACCUCGCCACCAAGGACCUAGGCUUCGAGUCCCAAGCCUUCUCCAGUGACCUGGACCAGAUCAGCUUCAGCUCCCUGGAUGACAACUCCGUGGACCUGGAAAAGGACAAGCAGAAAAUCAAGAAGAAACCCCUGCACAGUCCGACGGAGCCAGAUCCAGAGCCCUUGAGCGUGGUGCUGGCAGGAAGGAAGCCAGGCACAGGUGGACAGGAGUUGUCCUUCACCGAGGCAGGCCUCAACACCACAGACCUGUGACGGGGCCCCUGCCACUGGACCCUUGCCACAGAGCCCCAUGUGGGCUCCCACUCUUCCGGUCCACCUCCGAAGAGGCCUUGUCACCCUCACACUG